ACCGAGCUUAUCUGGAGUGUAGAUGCACAAAAGAUAUACUGUGAAAAAUGGAAGCUCUACUUGUAAGAAAACUCGGCGAUCCUACUCUGCCACCGAAUGUCUCAGAAAAUUCACCAUUCGAUGUCUCAACCUCUCAUCCAAUCCCUAAUUUGGGGUCACCUACCUCCGUUAGAGUACGAGUCAAAGCAACCAGCUUGAAUUUCGCAAAUUACCUCCAAGUCCUCGGCAAGUACCAAGAACCCCCUUUACCUUUCAUUCCUGGCUCCGAUUACUCCGGCGUUGUUGAUGCCGUUGGCCCUAAUGUUACUAAGUUCAAAAUUGGUGAUCCCGUUUGCUCUUUUGUUGCACUUGGCUCCUUUGCUCAAUUCAUCGUUGCCGAUCAAUCCGGCUUGUUUCGAGUACCUGAUGGGUGUGAUCUAGUGGCAGCGGGUGCACUUCCUGUUGCAUAUGGGACAUCCCAUGUGGCUCUGGUGCAUAGAGCACAGCUGCGUCCCAAUCAGGUGUUAAUGGUACUUGGAGCGGCUGGAGGUGUUGGGCUCUCAGCGGUACAAAUUGGGAAGGUUUGUGGAGCAACAGUUAUUGCAGUUGCUAGGGGAAAUGAAAAGGUGCAAUUUUUGAAAUCUUUAGGAGUUGAUCAUGUAGUAGACUUGAGCAAUGCAAACGUCAUCGAAAGUGUCAAGGGCUUCCUGAAGUCAAGAAAGCUCAAAGGGGUUGAUGUCUUGUAUGAUCCGGUCGGCGGGAAGCUUACAAAAGAUAGCUUGAAGCUAUUAAAUUGGGGAGCGCAAAUUCUGGUUAUUGGAUUUGCAAGUGGAGAAGUACCUGUCAUCCCAGCGAACAUUGCUUUGGUGAAGAACUGGACGAUUCACGGACUCUAUUGGGGAAGCCAUAAGAUAUAUCAACCUAAUGUGCUUGGAGAUUCUCUGAAAGAGCUCCUAUCCUGGUUGUCUAAGGGUUUGAUUACAAUCAACAUUUCUCAUACAUUCAGCCUGGCAGAGGCCCAUCUUGCCUUUACUGCACUCAAAGAUAGGAGAGCAAUUGGAAAGGUGAUGAUAUCAUUUGAUGAGUGGAGAACACUGAAGUCUAAGCUUUAGUUGGACUAAGGAAUGAAACGAGUUGCAGAAGAUUGUCCUUGCUGCGUGAAUAUCCAAAUUAUGUACUACCUUAUGCUAGCUGCUACUAUAGUUUUUGUCAUAUAGAGGUGCUGAAACCAAUAAAUAUGUUCUUGUAAUCAAUGAAAGAAAUCUUAAAGCAUUAGAUGCUGUUUGAAUGUAACAAUAGACGUACUUGGAAAAAUUGUGGGAAAUGUAAUAGAAAUUUUUUCUAUUACAUAUAUUUCUCUUUGGUUCA